AGAGAGAGAGAGAGAAGACCACACACAAACGCACUGCACACAUGGUUCAAUCUAGCCCAUGCCAUGUCGCUUUCAAAGGCACACUUCCAAUGGCACCAAUGCUUUAGGAAUGCCUUGUACUGCCAAAGGUUUUACCGGAAUGUAGGCCUACACCUUUCCUUAAACUUAGAUCUUUCCACACAUAAAUCAGAUACAAUAAUGCCAUCCUUUUGGUUACUAAAUUGGACUUGACGAAGAUACGCUUUUUUGUUUUACCCACUUUCUUUGGCCCUUGUUUGUUCUUCUCCACUGGCAAACAGAAAAGGGAGAAGAGUCCAAAUUGCAAAAUGCCCAAUUGACCAAGUGACCAACAUUGUUGUAGCCUAGCUUUGACGGGUAAAUGCUUGCUUUAUACCAAGAACUGAAAUACAACAUAAAAUGGGGUUUUGAUGCUUAGUGCUGUGGAACACAUGUUUUCUCUCCAUUGCCAUCAUCUUGUCCAGGUCCAAGCACAACGGUGUUGACUUCAGUCUGAGUGCUGUUGAUGGGUUCCAAGAGUGUGGGAGAUCGUUUUGCACAAACACACAGUCUUAAAAAGUAGUUAGCAACUAUUCAAAAAGCUGUAGCCCCUGUACUGAGCCUGAGCCUGGUCUGCAGCCCUCGGCCUGAGGCUGGAAGGGGAUGGGGACACUGGCCCUCUGCAGCCACUACUCACAGCUGUCAUGGAAACGCAGCAUCAUAGUGGCAUUGCUACUGUUUCACCUGUGCUGCCUGCAAGUAUGGGCAUCCUGUCGCAUCCUGAGGUGCAACUCUGACUUUGUAGCUGUCACCCUGGACCUUGGGGGCAGCGGAGGGGGCAGCAGAGAGGGGGGAAAUGCGGGUUACUGCAGCGCCCUCCGCUCCUACGCCAUGUGUACCCGCCGCAUGGCCCGUGCCUGCCGGGGAGAUCUGGCCUACCAUUCGGCUGUGCAGGGCAUCGAGGACCUCCUCAUCCAGCACAGCUGCCCCAGGACAGGCCCCACCGCUCAGCCCCGGCCCCUGCCACAGGCCCCCAUCUCUGGGGACGCCUGUAUCUACGAGAAGGGCUACCUCCAGCGUGAGGGCCGGACCCCUGACUAUCUCCACUGUGGAGUGUUCGGGGAUCCCCAUGUUCGCACCUUCCGUGAUGAGUUCCAGACGUGCGCUGUACAAGGGGCCUGGCCACUGAUAGAUAAUGAGUAUCUAUACGUUCAGGCAACUAGCGCCCCCAUGAGAGGAGGGGCAUAUGCCACGGCUCUCACCACGAUUACCAUCAUCUUUAAAAACUGGCGCCAGUGUAUCGAGCAGCAGAUCUACCAGGCGGAGCUGGACAAUGUUCCUGCAGCCUUCGUGGACGGCUCAGUGACCAGCGGGGAGAGGCAGGGCCAGUACAGCCUGAGCGUCCACUCUGAUCUGCCUGGGCACCAGGCUGAGAUCCGUGCCGCCCACAUCGGCACCACCCUGGUGGUGCGUCAGAGUGGGCGGUCCCUGGGACUGUCAGUACGCUCGCCACGCGCCAUUGCUGAAGCAUUCACCCCCGAGCAGGACCUGCAGCUGUGUGUGUAUGGCUGCCCACCUUCACAGCGCCUAGAGACGCUACCCAGCCCCUCUUCUUCCUCUUCCCUCUCUUCCUCCUCUUCCUCCAGCCAGCUCUCUGCUGCAGCCCAUGCCCACUGUGCAGCCCUCCUCCCUGCCAGGGACAUCUACUACCAGGCCUGCCUGUUUGACCUGCUGGCCACAGGGGACCUCAACUCCAGCACGGCGGCCGUAGUGGCCCUGGAAGACGCCCGGGGAAUGAUAUCAGACCCCAAUAAGGUGCAUCUGCUACUGGUGGGCAAGGCCGAUAGGAGUAGUCCAUGUUUGCCUCUGAUCCUGGGUGUGGCUGUCCUAUCAGAGCGUCUGGUGGCUCUGUGGACGGGGACGUGUUUAUGAACUAGUGACUGGUAGGAGCUGUGGGUAUAGCAUUAGCCACACUGACUCUGACCGAGCAGAUGCUCUUUCUUCAUACUUGAUGGCCUUGUUUCAUAAACAACAGGCAUCACCUUUGACUGGCUGGAACAUGGGAUUGUGACUGGUUACAGAGGUCAAUGUUUCCCUGAUUCAUUUUCUACCAGCAGGAGAAGCCAAUGUUGACAGGAAUAAAUACAGGUGUUUGCUCUCAGUGAGGAUAGAAGUCAACUUUUGAAGCCUGACACUAGUUGUGUUGAUUCUAAUCCCUUAACUACGCUGAGACAAAUGUAUUAAAACAAUAUGUAUUAUCCAUCUCAGCACAGAGGAUGGCCUGUUGCAUAAUUCCACAAAUCCAGACAGUAAAUGGCAUCUUCAACAAAUUUUUUGUAUCACUUUCUGUUAUUUUCCAUUUAUUUUAUCAUGGAGGGGAAUUUAGUGUUUUGUUUAUAGUAAAUAUAAUACUACAGUGGUUUCAUCCUUUGUAUAGAAACUAAUUUAUCACUAAUUUAUUACGUCAUCUUUGUGUGUCUACAUUUGGUAUGCAGUGAGUUGUAAUAACGUCUCGAUUCAUUUCAGAAGGGACUGUUUUUGAAUGUACGUUUGGUUCAUAUGUCAGUAUUUGUAAGACAAUGUUUACAAUGUAUUGUUCAUCCUGUUCAUAUUUUUACCUACUGUAGUUGCCAAAGUAAAAAAGACAUCUUCCCAAAGUUACUCAUACCAUCUUUCUAAAGCAAUAGAGUAAGGAGUAAAUUACAAUACUAUAUUGAUUUCCAAAGGAUGGAAAAUAUCUCAAAUUGCCUUCCAUGUAAUAAUGUGAUGUCUGACAGGGAUAAAACAUAUUUAUACCUACAGAUUCUAAUAUAUUUCCCUUUGUGAGUUUUAUUAAAUUGUAUCGUUUUUUUCCAAGACCCGAAAAUGGUCUGUAUAAUAUCCUGAGUGUGUAUUUUUGAUGAGCAACCCUAACUGGGGUUUUGUGUACUUUGAAAUGUCCAGUAACAACUGCAGUAUUCCUCUGGAGGGGCUACUGAGGUAGCAUUUGGGCGAGUUGAGUUCUCCUUCGCUGUGACUGGCAGCUCUCUUCUGCCCUCUGAUGUCAGAUGUCUUCUCUGGUGUACUGUCCAGCAUUCCUGUUGUUGCUUCUGUGAUAGCUGGAAUGAGCCCAUUCUAGACCCACCUUAGCUUCUCCGAUGGAAUAGGUCAAUGUAGAAAGUGACAGUUGGGGUGGGAGGGGCAGUGGGGGUUGAUCAAAAGGGGGGGAAAUUGUAUUUUUUUUUAUUGAUUGUAUUGGUUAUGAUGUGAUUCAAUAAAAACAAUUGUUCACAAUAAAAAUACAGUGAAAAGAGACAGUGAGGAACCACACCUUAACACAGUAAACAAUAUUAGAAAAUGUAGACUUGGCAAUUAAGGACACUUUAUUUCAAUAAUCUUUCAGUGUUCUUCAGUACAAAAACAAAACACAAAUCAAAUUUGUGACAAAAAUCCUUCAUACAGUAUUUACAUACUGUGAAUUACUAGAAGUGAAGUAAAUUGAAAUGAAGUUUGAACCUUACUCCCUAAUGGCUCUAUUCAUUCAGGUCCACUUCAGCCGACAUCUGCAUAGUGGUUGUUUUGGCGGUGUCGGAGGUGUAACUGCGCUAGAGCUGCCAAAUCCACAAUUGGCUCCUGGUAUUAUACCUAAAGAGGACAUUACCAUUGGCUGCACAGCGUCGCAUUAAGAGAAAUCCCAUGUAGCCUUGUUUACAAAUAUAAACACGAGAUUGUGAGAUGUAAUCUUCACCUCGAUUAGGCUGAUAGAAAGCCUCAUUAUUUAGUAAAAUUUUCAAUUUGAGCGUCAUUAUUUCUAUAUAGCCUACACUUUCUCAUUCUGAACUUCUAACGCCAGUGGGACGGUGUGGCUUCAUGGCAGUUAACAAGAGCAGCUGCUCACCAAUCUGACUGCUCCAAUGCAGUUACACCUACGACACUGCCAAAACAUCAGCUAUUUUUCUCCCCAAGCCUCUUUUGGGGGGGACGGUGAGAGUCCAAGAAUACGUAAAGCAUUCCUCCAGAGAGCUAGAACACACUAGCCCUUCCUAAUGUUAUGUAUUAUUACUGGGCAGCGAAUAUACAAAAUAUUGUUUACUGGCUUCGCACCCCAGAAACUGACUGGUGUCAAACAGAAGUCAUCUCCAAUUUCUCUUCCUCUUUGUCAGCUUUAGUCACCUCCAAUCUUACUCUUUCAGCUUUGCGCUAUACAUCCUAUCCAAUUGUUGUCAAUACUCUUAAAAUUUGGCCUUAAUUCCGUCAAAUUCUGUGAUUUCUCUAUUCAAGAUCCUAUAUGUAAUAAUCACCUCUUCCAUCCAAUCAAUCUAAAUUCAGCUUGAAGUCUGUGGCAGAGGAAUGGCCUUACUAAGUUUAGUGACCUUUAUAUAGAUGGCACCUUUGCCAAUUUUGAUGACUUCGCUAUCAAAUGUAAUUAUCCCAUUCAAGUGUAUUUAGGUAUUUCCAUGUAUUUAUUUGUUUGAUAAUCAUGUCCCUUGAUAACCCGUCAUCUGAGAGGGAAAAGGGACUUGGUUGAGAGACCUCGGACAAAGUCUAGAAUAGCGCCUUACUUGGGGUAAAUGGAAGCUCCUCUUGUGCCCGGCUCGGCCUUAUACAGUUUAAGGUAUCCAUUUCAGUAAGGCCAGACUCUCCAAAUUCUACCCAAAUAUUGAUGGUACAUGUCACAGGUGUAAAAGCUCCAUGGCGCAUUGGACUCACAUAUUCUGGUCUUGUCCCAGUCUGGCAGACUACUGGUCCACUAUAUUUAAAACCCUUUCUGAAGCAUUGGAUAUAGAGUUGCAGCCUAGUGCAGAAAUUGCAAUUUUUGGAGUACCAGACAACAAUCCUUCCCUGACCAAUAGACAGCUAGAUGCCAUUGCCUUUGCCUCCCUGUUGGCACGCAGAAGGAUUCUAUUGGAUUGGAUUCUAUUGGAUCUAUCAAUCCUCCCUCACCCUCUCUUUAUAUUUGGCCUAUAUUGGCCUAUAGCAUCACCUCCCUCCAGAUUAUUACUCUUGGCCCCACCUCCAGCCCUUGAGGUUACUGCUAUAUUGGCCUAGAAGAUCACCUAAUCACCUGACAUUGUUAGGCUAUUACAUUUUUGCUUUGUACUGAAGUAAUAUUAUGUUGUAUACUUUAGUGUUGUGUUUUCUGAGAUGUAACUCAAUGACUUUCCCUUUCUUUUUAAAUGUGUUUGGAAUCAUUCUGGGGUUGUUGGCUAGUGCCGAUUAACAAUGGGUCUGAUUGAAUCUAGGCCUAAACCUCUCACAUUGGAUAAUGCUAAUGUUAAUGCAAAUCCUUUUGUAUUUAGCCCAGUCCCACGUUCUUUUUGUAAACAGUUGGACCCGUUAUAAACACUGCACUGUUUUAACACUUACAGUGCCUUCGGAAAGUAUUCAGACCCCUUGAUUAUUUCCACAUUUUGUUAUGUUAGAGCCUUAUUCUUAAAUUGAUUAAAUUGUUUUUUUUCUCCUCAU